ACCAAUUAAGACUAAAAUCCUGUAUUAUAAACAACUACAAAGAAAAGGGAUUAUGUCACUGAAUUUUAUAUUGAAGUAAAAGAAAAACCUUUUCCCCAACCUUGUAUUUGAGGUAAUCAGAUACGUUCUGCAAUAUAAUCAUGAUUACACACUCUUUUAAAGUGCUUCAUUAAAGUUCUUCAAGUAAUGUCAGUCCAAGCCAAGUAAAAUAAAGCAGAUAUAGCGGAGAAUCAAUUGAAUUGCAUCAAUUUUUUUUGCUUAAGAUUCAUUACUACUACUUUCCUUCUUUCUACUUUAUUAGUUAGUAAUCAAAAUGGGAGUUCCCGCAUUUUUUAGAUGGCUAUCUGACAAGUUUCCAAAAGUUGUUACUCCCGCAGUUGAAGAACGUCCCAAGAUCGUCAAUGGUACGGUCAUUCCUGUAGAUACAACUAAACCCAACCCAAAUAAUGAAGAAUUCGACAACCUUUAUUUGGAUAUGAACGGUAUUAUUCAUCCAUGUUGUCAUCCAGAAAACAAACCAGCACCUGCUACAGAAGAUGAAAUGAUGGUGGAGAUCUUUAAUUAUUUAGAUCGAAUUGUCGAUAUCGUUCGUCCUCGAAAGCUAUUAUACAUGGCUAUUGGUAAAGAAAGCUAUACUUUUUGUUAAACAAUCUCCCUUAUUCACACUCCAUCUAGAUGGUGUCGCUCCUCGUGCUAAAAUGAAUCAACAGCGUUCACGUCGUUUCCGUGCUGCUCAAUUAGCACAGAUCGAACAAGAAGCUAACGAAAGAGUUGCUCAAGAACUAGCAGCUAUUGGACAAGAACACCAAUUGAAAAAGAAGGAAGAGCACUUUGAUAGCAACUGUAUUACUCCUGGUACACCUUUCAUGGCCCAUUUGGCCACCUGUUUGAGAUAUCAUAUUGCUUCCAAACAAAAUACAGAUCCUCUUUGGAAAAACGUAAGUUGUCAUCAUAUAAUUAAAGCUGCUGGUUGUUUAUAUAUACGCAAUAG